AUGAGCUUGAAAGAAGUAUUCGAACAACAUCCAUGGAGGUCAUUUAAGAAGUUCAAUGAAGCAGCAAAAAGUUGGGGAUUUACUAACAGAGCUGAAGUGAAAAGGUUCUUUGACAAAAAUGUUGUACAUCAAACAAAAAUAAACCCUUACGACUACUUUUUACCAAUUUACUCCAACACUCCUGACGCAUACCAAUUUGACACUCUCAUUCAAAGCAGAAAAGGAGGACA